AUGGCUGAUGAGGACUUUGAUCUGCUGUACGGAGGUCAGCAGGAUGUGACGCUGGUCUCCGCCGCUGCUGGCCCAACGUCCAGGGCAGAGCUGGAAGCUCGCGUACACGCCCUGGAAAAUGAGCUCGAAUCGACGGUGACUGAGCGCGAUGAACUCAAGGAAAAGCUGAGCCAAGUGGAGGAGCAAAAUACCGCACUCAAGCGCAACAUCAGUUGUCUGUAUAAAACUGCCAAGCUCGAGAUUAAGCGCUGGAAAGAACAGGCCCUGCAGCAGGACCAACAGCCUCCGAAACAUGCCAAGCUCUUGCCCAAGUGA